CGUCAGUCCCACCAGCAAAAUGGCGUACCCGUUCCCGUUGUCGUGUGCGUUCGUCGUAAUCGUCGUCGCACAACAAUAAAAACCAUACAAUACAAUACAAUAAAAAUAUUAUGCGUUGCGCUCCGUAAUCGCAUACGGUGACCGUCGCUUGACUAUUCGCGAAAAAAUUAUUGUAAAAUAACAUUAUUAAAAACGCUGAACCUCCUUGGCAAACACUUAAUUACCUGUAUACCAAAUAAAAUCCACUGACUACAAAUGAAAAUGAGGAAUACUGGAAACCUUUUAAAAUGGACCCAAAACUCCAGCAACAAAUCUGCAAAAGGCGGAGAAAAUAGAAAUUGGAUUCAUCCACCCGAAGCUUUACAAAAAGGCCACAUCGCUUAUAUUGUAAAGUUUUUGGGAAAUGUUGAUGUGGACCAGCCCAAAGGGUUUAAUGUAAUCAAAGAUUCUAUUAGAAAACUUAAGUUUAAUCAACAAGUGCGAAAAUCGGAAGGUUCAAAAGUACCAAAAGUUGAGCUCACAAUAAGUGUCGAAGGUGUUGCUCUUCAAGAUCCAAAAACAAAAGUCAUAAUGCAUCAAUAUCCAUUGCAUAGGAUUUCUUACUGUGCUGAUGAUAAAGUGGACAAACAGUUUUUCAGCUUUAUUGUUAAGGACUCGAACGAAUCUGAAAGGCAUACAUGUUUUGUAUUCAUGAGUGACAAAUUGGCUGAAGAAAUCACUCUUAGCAUUGGACAAGCUUUCGAUUUAGCGUACAAGUGGCCAAGCAAACCGACGAACAAGCCGACUUUCAGAGCUCGACAGUUGGAUGUUUCCAAACCUCUGCCAAUCUAUAUGUCCGAUGACUUGCCUGAUCUCCACGAGUGUGCCGAAUUAAAACGUGCCGUUCCCCAAAUGCCCAGUGGUAUGGAGAAAGAAGAAGAGUCUGAACAUCACUUGCAACGUGCAAUGGUUGCUGGUAGUGUUAUACCCACACCUGAAGUUAGCAAAUUAGUAGCCGACGACUUAAUGUGGCACGAUAAAACUUAUCCCCCUAAUUGUCACCCUCCCAAGCAGUUAAUACAUAUAACACCAUUUACAAUGGAACAAGACGUACCUGAAUAUGAUUAUGAUUCGGAGGAUUUAGAAUGGUUAGAUUCCACUGGUAAAUCCAAUAGCAUUACCCCGGACAAACUGGAAGAACUUGUCGACAAAUGGGAAAAGCAUAGCACUUUUAACAUAAUCGACUUGGCUGAUGCUAAGGCAUUGUCUAAGGACGAUGAAGAUACCAUACUAUUAAUAUAUGAUUAUUGGUUGAGAAAAAGAGUACGUCUGGGACACACUUUAUCACCAGCAGUACGGACGGAACCUAUACCGGGAGCACCGCCCAACGAUUCGUAUGUAGCUUUUAGAAAAAGAAGAGAUAAAAUUCAAACUAGAAAGAAUCGCAAAAAUGAUGAAGCCUCGUAUGAAAAAAUGUUGAAACUGCGAAGAAACUUGGCUAGAGCAGUGGAGCUGAUCGCUAUGAUACAACAAAGAGAAAUAUUUAAAAAACAAUUAGUACAACUGACACUUGAUACAUUUAAAAAGCGAUACGAUUUACAUGACUUUGAUGGUCAUUUGUACAGAGAUGUCGAAAUGGUUAAAGCUGUUAGACAUGCAUUUACUCCGUUAUCUACCAACCAUUACAUGUCGUCAAUGUGGAAACAAGGGGAUAAAAAAAGCUCAGCUGGCACAAAAUAUCAAGAUUCGAAAAGAGAGAAAAGACAUUACAGGAAAAGAAAACACAAGACUUACGACAUGGGUCAUUUGAGCUCCGAUGAAGAAUUAUAUUCACCUCCUCAUAAAGUUCAAAAUGUCGAUGACGGUGGAGGCAAGUGGUCAUUUCGACGAAACAAACUUUGUUCCUACCUGGCUCCGAUCAAUAAUCCUGAACCAUUGGACCCAACGUUUGGUUUUCAACCAGUAUACAUACAACAAAGUAAUGGAAGUCAGAAAUCUAUAGGUUUGUGUAGGCCCAGAUAUGGCAGAGGUGGUCGAAUUGUAUUAGAUCGUUACACGAACGAUGAUGAUCGAUGGGCGUCCUUAGACUAUAAUAUAAUUGAACAAAAACAGUAUGAAAUAGUUGAAUAUAAACGGCAUUCGGAUAACGAAUCGUCAGACUAUUUCAGUGAUACUGGUAUUGACUGUCCCUUAAUGGAAAUUCAAAGCGAUUUACAGCCAGAUAAAACAUUGAUUGAAUUUAAUUGGGAUAGUUAUGGACCGGAAGUGUUGCAGAGUGUAGCCGAAUAUUGUAAGCUCGACUAUGGAGACAUAAACAAGGACAAAAGUGAACAAGGGGAAUCAAUAUUAGAACGAUGGGUGAAUCAAAAUCAACCACAAUCUAAUGAACCGACAAUAGCUUUGGGCCCAGACUCUGAAUUCAUGGGUUGUUCACAAUUUAGAACCACUGAUAUAAGUGAACCACGACGUAUAAGGACUAAUGGGUGUUUAAAAAGGCUGCUGAAAUGUGAUACGGAUUCUCACUAAAUUUAUUAUUCAAAUUUUUUAUUACGAUAUGUACAAAAUCUUUUUUUCUUUGUUCAUAACAGUAUAUAUAUAUAUAUAUUUUUUUUUUAUAAAUGCAUGUUGACAUCUUUUAUUGUACAUGUAUUUCAAUUA